CGGGGGUGAAGCGUCAGCUGGCUACGUGCGGCGGCAGCACGCAGCAGAGCGUCCCGACGUGCCUGACGCUGCACGUACAGUGAGGGAAAGAGAGGGCAAGAAAGCUACCCCACCCCCGGCCGCGGUGAGUGGGGACUCUAUGCUGGAGCGAACCACUGCGUGAGGAAGGGGGGAAUCGUGAGGAGGAGGGCUAUAAGGCGCUUGGUCCUGAAGGUAAAUAACGAAGGGAAGAUAGAAGGGAAAGAGAUCGAUGCUGGGAUGAAGACAAGGCCUAAAUUGAUGACACCAGUUGCACGACAAGAAGUUCUUGGCCUUUACCGCAGGAUAUUCAGAAUAGCCAAAAAAUGGCAGUCUGCAUCAGGACAGAUGGAAGACACUAUUAAAGAGAAACAGUACAUUAUAAAUGAAGCCAAAACCUUAUUCCAAAAAAACAAAGAUAUUCAUCUGCCUCCUCUGGGUCUCGCCCCACAACGUGGUCGUGCAUUUCGAAACCAAGAAAAGCUGAGGAAGCUUUCCAAGCCGGCCUACUUGAGAUCCUACGACGAAGUUUCAUAACACACUGUCAAAGCUUGGUGCAUAUUAUCACGAACUGCAAGGCAAAUGUGUCUCAUGUAUGCAACUGUGAAUGAAACUGUGUGCUUGAUAGUCGCUUACACUCUUCCUGACGCCACCAGCCUAGCUGAUUCAGCAUGUACGAUGGAUAGGGAUGUAUGGAAACUGUCUUGUAUUUAAGAUUCAACCACUGACAUCAAUAAAAAUAACAUCUUUUAAGGAGUGAGAUCUGACAUGAAGAUUACUUUGUGAAGUCAGGACGAAUUCAUAACGGGGUACAAUGGAGAUUGGCAGGCAGGUUAUAAAUGCUCAGUUGCAUCUUUAAAGCACUGCCCUGCACCAGAGUCAUCCCAGGAGAACCAGGCAGGCACAAUGUCUCUUGAAUACAGAGGGAGCUUGGCCACCACACCAGCCUGUGUUAAGCUGCAGCAUGCAGUAUUUCCAGCACCUGGCUAGGACUGGUGGCUGGUGUGGAAGUAAGGCAGGGCCUGGCCCUGCUCUCCCCACCCUCUCCGGAGAGACUAGUGGCACAGUGGGUGCAAGCCUCAUGCCAUCCUUAUGCUCAAGCAGCCCAGGGCUUGUUGUUGCACUGGGUUGCUACAUCUUGAGGGAGGGGUGUGGCGGGGAAGAGACCUUUUGCCUUCUCCCCACUUCCCUUUACAAAAUGCACAGUAUCUGAACACAAUAUGGCCCAUCACCUGGUUCAUUAUAUCCUAUUUCUGCAAGGCUGUACAAUGGCUGGCGUUUACUCUGAAUUAUGGAAAACAUUCUAGUGUCUGUGCUUCCUGCUGAAAUUAAAUUGAUGCUUAUAGAGGGGAAAAAACAAAAUCACAGUUCUUUUUUCCCCAGAGCCUCACUACAGGGGCAGCAUGAAGGUUGUUUGGGUUUAAUUUAAUUUUAAUUUAAUUGGGCAUUUUCAUGCUUUCAAACAUUUGAGUCUCUUCCAUUUGCUUUAAUUCUGCAUUUCCUGGGCUGCUAAUGCAUGUUUUCCCAAUCGUUACUACAUUCUUGCAGUGUAGUUAACUCUUAACAUACAGUUGGGGGUGCAGCUCAGUAACUAUCUUGAGAGCUUUUCAUCUGGGAUUUUAAUUUUGGCUUGUUUUUUUACUCUUGGGAAUAUUUAUGCCCCAUGCAGGAGGGAAGGAGUUCUUCAUUCCCUGGAUGUUCUCUCCUCCCUGCACCCCCUGUGUGCCUUCUUGGCUCUUCAAACUUAUGUCUUGCCAGGCUAUUCAGAGGACUGAAGAGUUAGAGUUGUGGAGGCAAAUAAGUGGAAUCAGAGACCAGGGAACGGGGGAAGGCAGGAUUAGCAGAAGGUUCAGCCCUCAAGCCCCCACUUCAUUUUCCUUUUGACAGACCAAGUUCUCCUCAUCAGCCCUGCAUUAUCCUUCCUCCCUUCCCUGCUCCUGAAGGCCUUCUAUAGUAGCAACAGACAGGGUACUCCUCAGGAUCACAAAACUGGCUUGGAUAGCCCGAUUCCUUCCUACGCUCUCUGGCUCUAGUCCAUAAGGACAGUUAUUCCUCAGUAAUGAUUAGCUGGGAAAUGCCCCACAGCUGGUGCCAAGUAUGUAAAAAACCAUCUGCUGCUGGGAACAUGUGGGGUGAAAACCCAUGACACACAGGGACAGGGGGCAGAAUAUUACAGAAAUGAAUCAGAGAACAGACUGUGAAAUAACAUUGUGGGAUGGGUUUGUUUCUGAAGUUCAUCCAACAAAGGCAGAUUCACAUCGAUGAGUGUAGCAAAAUGCACUGCCCUGAAGUGGCCCUUCAUGAUGCAGUGGGGUGUGGUGGCAGUUCUGCCUCAGUUUCCCCUUGGUGUUCCGCAACUCCACCUAGCUACCAAUGCUGAACAGGCUGCUGCGGUGACUUGGCCCUAUGCCUAAGUCCACCCCUUGUGGGAGGGGUAUUGCUCCUGUCUUCCCUCCUGCUUCAAGCGCUCUUCUGCUCUCCCUGUGGGCUCAGCUUUUGCCCUUCCCAGGCUCUCUCUCAUCUCUUCCCUCAGCAGUGACAGAUUAGCCACUGGGCUGAUGGGGCCCGUGCGCCUAGAAAAAUGGGCACCCACAAGCCCCAGCCCCCAGCAGAAGCACCAGGUGGGGCGGACAGGGGGGCCGGGCAGAAGUGCAGGCAGUCCCAGCACCUGGACUCCAACUACGGCCCUGGGGCUGGAGGAGCUCUAGCUCCCUGCUGUGGCCUCAGGGCUGAGGGAGCUCUCACUCCCUGAU